AUGCUGGCGGCCACGAACUUAUCCAUUUCAACAUUUUCUUCCCUCAUCCGAUCAAACAGAGCAAACGCCUCACGAAACCUGUCGUUCUGCACAUGGGCCGCGAUCACGGCAUUCCACAUGGACCCGUUUUUUACGGGCUUCGAUUCAAAGAGAUCGAGGGCCCGAUCCACAAGGCCCACCCGAGAAAGCCCGCUCAUCAAUGUGGUCCAAGAUACGUCGUCUUUGGCUUCCAGAUUAUCGAAUGCUGUUUUUGCCUCGUCCAAGAGCUCGAAUUCGGAGUACAUGUGGAUCAAGUUGUUCUGGCAGUACGGGUCUUGGCCCAGCCCGAACUUCAAGACGUGGGCGUGCACCUGCUUUCCUUCUUGA